UGGGCUUCUGCACCUCCACGGAUUGAACACGUAUCCAAACACGUCAAGCUCGUUUAUAAAUUAUAAUCUUAACCGACUUCUCUUCCAUCUUGCUUGGAAUUUACGUUUUCAUUCAUAUAAAAAGCCCAUUUUUUUUUUUUUUCUUUCUGCUGUCCUCAAAUCAAGAGAUCAAAACGCAGACAGGAAGGAGAAAAAGAAGGAGCCAUGUCCAAAUCUCUGUACCCACAAGUCUUCGAUUCAAACCCAGAUUCCAAUUCUCCGUUCGUUUCGAACCCAAGCAAAAGCCCCUCUUCGGGUUCUUCUCUAUACCCAACUAUUGAUAUGAAUGAUUUGGCAGAAAAUCUGUUUCCAGAUAAGGAAGAUGAAGCCGCCCAAAGAAAACCAGAUUCAGAACAUCCCGCUGCUGCUUUUGAAUCUUCUGAAGAAGUGAUCAUCAGAAUCCCGGGUUCCAUAGUUCAUUUGAUCGAUAAAGACCGGAGCAUUGAACUCGCCAGCGGGGAGUUCACCAUCGUUCAGCUCAAACAAGACAACAACGUUGUGGCGAUUCUUGCCCGUGUCGGGGAAGAAAUUCAAUGGCCGUUGGCCAAAGACGAGGCUGCGGUGAAGCUCGACGAGUCUCACUACUUCUUCAAUCUUCGCACUCCGCCGGAAGCGGACUCCGACGACGAGGGCGAGGGCGAGAUCAGAGUGGACUCGUCGGAGAAUAUGCUGAACUACGGGUUGACGAUUGCAGCCAAGGGUCAGGAAGGGCUGCUGAAAGAGCUUGAUGGAGUAUUGGAAAAGUACAGUGCAUUCAGAGUGGAGAAAGUGGUCGCUGAAAGGUGGGGAGUGAUGGCGAAGGAUGUCUCACCGGCGGAGAUGGAGAAGAAAGAAAAGAAAGAGGCGGUGGAGAAGAGCUCCGCCGCGUACUGGACCACCCUAGCUCCCAACGUUGAGGAUUACAGUGGCAGCGUCGCAAGAAUGAUCGCCGCCGGUUCAGGGCAUUUGGUGAAGGGGAUCUUGUGGUGUGGGGAUGUGGCCAUUGACAGAUUGAAUUGGGGGCAUGAAUUUCUGACUAAGAAAAUGGGAAAGGGCGCUACCUCUGAGAUUAGUCCUGCGGCCAUGAGAAGAAUGAAAAGAGUGAAGAAGAUGACAAAGAUGUCAGAAAAGGUGGCAACCGGCAUACUUUCCGGCGUGGUAAAGGUGUCUGGAUUCUUCACAAGCACAAUUGCAAACUCUAAAGCUGGCCAAAAAUUCUUCAGCCUCCUUCCUGGGGAAAUUAUUCUUGCCUCCUUGGAUGGCUUUAACAAGGUGUGUGAUGCUGUUGAAGUGGCGGGAAGGAAUGUGAUGUCAACAACAUCUACUGUGACAACUGGACUUGUUUCACAAAGGCAUGGAGAGCAAGCGGCGGAGGUGACAAGAGAAGGAUUUGACGCGGCAGGGCAUGCAAUUGGGACAGCCUGGGCUGUGUUUAAGAUAAGAAAAGCUCUCAAUCCUAAAAGUUCCAUUAAACCUACGAGUUUAGUGAAAGCUGCUGCGGCUGAGGCUAAAUCUGCUAAAUUGAAGGCCAAGACCAAGUGACAUAAUAUUAUGUAAUUAUUGCCUAUAAAUUUGGCUGUGCUGUUGUGCUCUCAAUUACUAUAUCUUUUGCUACCUAUACGGUGACAGUGACACAGUGGUUGAAGUAGUUUGGUUUAUUUGUUUUGGACUUUU